AUGCCUGCUAAUGAAUCCAAAUCAUGUCUGGAUAAGAUGGUGAAUCUAUACGAAAUGUCAAAAAUUAGAAGACAUAACUCGUAUAUGAAAUCCAUGAAUCCAAACCUCGUCAAAAGAGAACUGAUGAACCAUCAAAUGACGGUCAAGGAGUAUCACAGAGAUCUUUCCAAUCAUUUGUAUGCGUUGGAGAGAUCCAAUCGAAUUUCUCAAAAUAAUAGUAAGAAUUUAUCUUGUUUUAAAUCUCAACCAUAUAUUAAUUCUGAUAUGAGAUAUUUAAUAUUUGAAUUCUUAAUGUGUUGUCAUUCAAGAUUAUCUCUGACUACUUCUACUUUGUUUCAAACUUUUAAUCUAGUGGAUAGAUACACUUCAAAAUUCAUACUGAAGAAUACGAAUUAUCAAUUGAUUGCCUUAACUUGUCUAUGGAUAAGUGCAAAAUUCUUUGAUGUUAAAAAAAAUAUUCCAAGUACUAAAAUUUUAGAGAAUCUUUGUUGUAUGCAAUAUACUUCUAAACAAUUUAUUGCUACUGAAUUCCAAAUAUUACAAUCAUUAAAUUGGUCCAUAAAUGCUACUCCAACAGCCGAUUCCUUUAUCGAUAUGAUACUUUUCGAAAAGACCCUAAGUUUAAUGGAUAAGACAUUGAAUGUCAACGAAAUCAAGAUUCUUUCCAUCAUGCUUUGUGAACUAUGUGAAUUCAAACCUGAAUUAGCAUACGAAAUGUCAUCAUCACAUCUAGCUAAGGAUGCUACUACUAUUGCAUUAAUGAUUGAACAAUUUGCUCAGAAUGGAAAAUGGUUCAAAAUCUCCAAAGAACAAGAAUCCCUAUUGGACAUAGUCUUUGCCGGCAAUGAAAUCAUCCCUGCUAGUUUUAAAUUGAAAUAUGAUGACGGUAAAUUAACUAAAUUCAUAUCAUUCAUCAAGAGAUUUAAAGAAGAAAAAAUCAUGAACGAUUACAUUGCAUCCAUCAUCGAGAAUGGAGAGAGACAUUCUAUUGAUGGUAGCUCAAUACCUAAGACAUCAUCAUCGUCAUCGUCAUCAUCAUCAACCACCCAACACAACCAGUCUGCUAAAAGUAUCACUCCUGACAUGAAAUCAAAGAGGAAGAAUACUACGCGCAGAGAUGUCAUCAUGCCUCUAACACCAACUACUCCAAUUUAUUUGAAGAAACGGUACCACGAGGAAGUCGCUGAUGACACAAAUACUAAUGAAUUCAAACGAGUUUGUAAAUAA